UUGACGGUAAAACUAACGAGUAAAAUAUUUUUUAAUGUGUUCCUUAUAAACACUAAUCCACGCGCUUCCUCCCAGGCCGUAGAAGUCGAUCUCCUACAAGAUUGGAUUAAAUCUCCACGGGUUGUUACCAUUGUCCAUUCCGCUGAUAAACGACAAAGCGCGCUAUUUUUAUGCAUUGGCUCUCAGAUCUCCAAAGGCGUGUAUUUGGAUUUGUCGGCAUCGGAAUUGAUCGCUUUGGAUGAUGUAUUUCGAGCUGAGCGGGGCCCAUCGACCACGGUCCGUAUCACUGGAAGACGAUUGACCAAAGCACGUCAUCCCCAUCGAACGCAUAAAAUUAGUCUUCGAGUGAUUCGGUCGAAUGAGACUGAAGAUUCGGAACAAUCGCACAUGGUGGAUCGAGCGAAUGGAGACAAACCGAAUGGACGUUUGGAACAUAAUGAUUCGGAUGAACCAACCACCCCGGUCCGUACUCAAGCUAAAUCCGUUUGA